AUGAGUCGUCAACCAUCAACCCCACCGCCAAUGGAAGAUGAGGCAUAUAAUCCUUUUUUCCAAACACCACAUAAGGGCAGUAGUGGCAGCAAUACUGGGAAUGUGACGAUUAUCAACAGCCAUUCCAUCAAGAGCAAAAAAUACGAAAAGAAUCACACUAUGUUGUUUACACCGCAAACACCUUGUGUGCAGGGAAGCGAAGAGGACUUCCCAUGUAGUUUGCUACCAAUGUCACCGCAAACCACCACUCAUAAAAGCCAUGCAACACUCGAUGUGUUCAACACCAAGAAGAAUUCGAUGAACCCAUUGAGAACCCCAGAGACUACGCCAAGGUACCGCAAAUGGGAAGUAUCGGACUCAGCUUUAGAAGGCAGCAGUUUGUUGCCGUUUACUCCAGGUCCCAGGAAAAGAGAAGGAUUAUUGGAAUGUAGGGCCAGGUAUAAUGAGGAACAUAAGAUUGAGCCGAAGAAGUUGCUGGAUUUUGGUAAAAGUAGUCUGAUGAAAUGCGAAGACUACUCAAACAAGGAAGACGAAUUAAUGAACUACAAUUCUAGUGAGUAUGAAAGUGAGGAGGAUUCUCAAACCAAACUACUACAAGAGAAGCUGAAGAUCCAACUUGACUGUAAUGAAUAUCCAACAAAGGAUCCACAAACACCACGACACCAAAUUGGAAGUGAUGAUAUCAUCAGAAGGUUAGGGGAGGAGAAGCUGAAAUACCCCGAGUUGAAUAAAGUGGAUGACAUAGUAGUCCAUAAAAGUAUAAAGAAUCCAUUUAUUGUGGAUAAGGUUGGGAAAAAAACAACUAAUAGGAAAAUACGUACCGAUCACAAUUCAAGGUUUGAUAAGGAGCUCGAGUUAGUCUAUCAUUCUACAGGAGAGAAAUUUUAUGUUCAGCUAUCGGAAGAAGCACAGAGAAUCAAGCCCAAAAAGUUAAAUUUCUCUGAAUUCAAGAGAGUCAGUGAUAAGUUUGACCCCACAGUUGUUAGUACUCCUGUUGAGGAAAUUGAUUUUUUACAGACCCCACAGAGAGGCAACAAGAUGUCAAUUAAGGGACUAUUGAAUUAUGACGGAAGCACAGAUGCAGAUACAGAAGAAUCAGAAGACGAAGUCCCCAAAGGGGUCAACCAUGAGAAAAUUGCCAAUCCUUUUAGGGGCGAAUUUAGUAGCUGCCAUGAAUUUCCAAUUGAGAAAUUCAGUGAUUAUCUUCAUGUGCAACGCCAUGAGGGUCGGGAUAAAUACAUUGCUGGUGAAAUCGAAUAUGUGAAUCACCAUACUGGAGAGCACAAGGUAGAGAAGUUGUCAAGAGACGUGUCACCAAUACGCCCCCGGAAACUCAACUUUGACAAUUGA